AUGACAGCUAUGAAUACUACAGAACCUACACUGCCACAAGUGGUUUGUGUCGCGAGAGCACGUAUUCCAACAACACAGGGACCAGAUAUCUUUCUGCAUUUGUACUCGAACGACAGAGACAACAAGGAGCAUCUGGCGAUCGUGUUUGGUGAGGAUAUACGGUCUAGGUCGCUGUUCAAGAGACAGUCACCCAAUGAGACGCAGCAGGAUAGGAUGAUCAGGGGUGCGUACGUCGGGAAACUGUACCCGGGGAGACACGUUGCUGAUGUGGACGAGAAACUCGGGAUGAAACUGGAGUUUGACAGCAGGACAGGGGAACUCGUUUUUGACCCAAGGACUACAUGGGACGGACAGAAUGAUACACUCGUGAGGAUCCACAGUGAGUGUUACACCGGGGAGAACGCGUGGAGUGCCAGGUGUGACUGUGGGGAACAGUUCGACAGGGCUGGGAAGUUGAUCGCUUGUGAACACGAGAAGGAGACGGGGAUCAUUGGUGGUAACGGCCACGGUGUCAUUGUGUACCUCAGACAGGAGGGCCGUGGGAUCGGGCUGGGGGAGAAACUGAAGGCGUACAACCUGCAGGAUCUAGGUGCAGACACGGUGCAGGCGAAUCUGAUGUUGAAACACCCUAUCGACGCUAGGGACUUCUCCCUAGGGAAAUCCAUUCUGCUGGAUCUAGGGAUUAACAACGUCAGAUUGCUGACGAACAACCCGGAUAAGAUCGCACAGGUGGAACAUGAAGGUAUACUACACUGCGUGGAGAGGGUGCCCAUGGUGCCCAUCCACUGGACAGAUGACAACAAGGGUAUCGACUCUAAGGAGAUCGAGGGGUACCUCAGGACGAAGAUCGAAAGAAUGGGCCACCUGCUACAGAAACCACUCAACUUACACACAACUCCAAGCACAACGAUAUCGGUCCCAAAUCUGACCCCAACCAAGUAA